AUGCAGAUGAAUGAAUUAUGUUACAGCUUUCCAAAAUUACUCAGGGUGUACAAAUAUGUAAAAAUAAAAAUUUAUAAAUUCAUAGUUAAGUUUUAAAAAAGGUACCCUAGGUUCCUGUAGCCUCCCCGCAGACGUCCUUUGGGGUUCGUUUGUGACGUCAGGGGUAAAACAAUGGUCUGAAAACUAAAACGAUUAUCUGAUUAUUAGAAAACCACAAUGACCCCUGGUUUGACAGCGGCAGAACGUCAAACAAUUUUGCAAACCGUAAAAAAAGCCUAACGUCUGAAAAUAUUACUGCUUUGUUGUGUAACGUGUAAAAACUGAACCGAUUUCUUUAAGUUCUCUCCCGGAAAAGAGUCAGAAUAAUACACGGUAAAUUAAUUUAUUACGUUUAAUAGCUAUUAUUCCUGAAAGGCAGGUUUCAUGUAGAGUAAUUUUAUUCAAUAUUAUUUUCCAUGCAUCAGGGGCACCCAACGAGGAUAUAGUUCAAAACCACUUAAUUGUUAAACGUAUUUUAGUAUUUAAACGGUAGAUAUAGGCAUAUUUUUAUCCCCUAAAAACUUUUCAUCUGUUCGGAUUUCCUAGCUGAAAGUCUAGUGAUCCGAAAAUUAUAGGGAUCAAAACUUACCUUUUCGAAAAUUUCAGCCAGGAAAAGGCUCCCGAAAAUUUUAGGUGGCCUUUUAUAGGGUAAAUAUCCGUUUAAAAUGGGCAAUUACACCAUUUUUUAGAUGUUCGAAAAUCCUAGGAGAGGCAGGCAAGCAAGAAAUUUUAAAACAAAUGUUCCGAAAAUUCUAGUUCUCAAAUCGUGUUCCGAACAGAUAUUUUCCCGAAAAUUGCCGUUGGGUGCCCCUGAUGCAUCCGGUGUCUACGCUGGAAUGUAAACAGCUGCAGGGAAGUGCCAAACUUGAGCGGUGCUUAACUUAACAGUAGUUUAACAUAAAACCAUAUGUGUCAAUUAUUACGACCUAAGUGAACAGCAAGUUGAGAAAGAAGAAGCAGUGCUUAUUCUGUCGAUCGAAAUGGAUCCAAACCUGCUUUUACCGAUAAUGAUGACCAUUGUUCUGUACUUUUUCACGAAGAUUUGUUUGGCCGUAAUUACAGCCAGUCAGCAAAGAGUUUUUAAAGUACAGUCCCCUGCGCCGAUCGACCUCAGGGACCAGCUGGGCACGAUUCAAAGACGGGACGACAUUACAAGACAAGUGGAGGACCAAACCACUAACAGAAGGGCUGAGAAUCGAGUACGUCCGCAACCUCAGGAAAAUGACGAAUGA